AUGGCCCCUCGGGGAGAUUAUGCCACCUUGACCGAGGAUGACAUCAAGCAUUUCGCUGGAAUAUUGGCACCCACGUCUAUCAUAUCUUCCCUUCCUCCGUUUAACAAUCCUCAGAAUGAACUGGACACCUACAAUGUUGAUUGGCUUGGGAAAUAUCAUGGGCGUUCCAAGCUCGUCUUGAAGCCGAAAACGACGGCCGAGGUUAGCGCGGUCUUAAAACACUGUUACAGUAGGAAGCUUGCUGUUGUUCCUCAGGGCGGAAACACAGGCCUAGUGGGCUCCGGAGUACCUGCAAAUGACGAAAUUAUCUUAAAUCUAGCGAACAUGGCGAAUGUCAGAUCUUUUGAUCCUAUGACAGGUAUCAUAGUAGCCGAAGCCGGGUGUAUACUCGAAAGCCUGAGCAAUUAUCUGGCACCACACUCCCAUAUCAUUCCCCUCGAUUUGGGUGCCAAGGGCAGUUGCCAAAUAGGGGGAAAUAUUUCUACAAACGCAGGUGGGCUACGCGUCUUGAGAUACGGUUCUCUGCAUGGCUCCGUGCUUGGCCUUGAAGUUGUGCUUCCCAACGGAGAAAUCCUAGACCAGCUUUCGACCAUGCGCAAGGAUAACACAGGUUACGACCUCAAACAACUAUUCAUCGGGGCCGAAGGGACGCUUGGUAUCGUUACCGCUGUAUCCAUUCAUUGCCCCCCUGCACCUCGGGCACAGCAAAACUUGGUACUGGCUCUACCGUCAUACAACCAACUGCCCGAAGUGUUUAAGCUUGCCAAGACACACUUGUCGGAGGUACUCUCAGCAUUUGAACUGUUUGAUCGAGAAUCAUAUGAGCUUGUAUGCCAUCACACCGGUAGGCGUGGGUUAGACGAGAACGAAAUCGGAGAUAGCGAGUGCUUUGUGUUGAUCGAGACCAGUGGUGGGCGAGCAGAACACGAUGAGGAGAAACUUGCAUCACUGCUAGAAAUCCUCUAUGACACAUCGUCAUCGUCUUCCCCUCUGAUCAACUCCGGAGUUCUUUCGCAGUCCGCUGAUCAAUUCUUCUCCCUCUGGAGCCUGCGUGAGGGUGUUCCUGAAGCCGCUGGGAAAACAGGCAAAGUAUACAAGUACGACAUUAGCGUGCCUGUACGCGAAUUUAUGAAUGUUACCAAUAUCGUGAGGAACCGGCUACAGGAAAAAGGUCUGUAUAGGUCAGGCCCCAAUUCCCGAGUGUCGCAUGUCAUGGGUUACGGGCAUGUAGGAGAUGGAAACCUUCAUAUCAACGUCGUUGCGAACGCAUACACCCCUGAAAUUGAAGCAGCACUCGAACCUUUUGUCUUUGAGCUAGUUCAAUCUCAUAAAGGCUCUAUUUCGGCUGAACAUGGUCUCGGCCUCCAAAAAACUCAACAUUUGCACUACUCCAAGGGUCAAGUUAGUCGGGAUUGGAUGAGAAAAGUUAAACUUCUAUUCGAUGAUAAAGGAAUCAUGAACCCAGGAAAGGUCGUUGCAGUUUAG